AUGAAACCAAAUUGUUGUUCAGAAGGUGUUGUUAUGGGUGCAUAUUUAUCUAAAAACGAAGGAAUCCAAUCAUCAUUUUUUGAUGGCUUAUGUACAGCUUCCAAACAGUCCGCGUCCCACCAAGGAACAGGUUUUCUCAUAACAAACACAUCAGGUUUGGAAAUUAUAGCCUGGAACUUUGACCAGUCUGCUUUUUUAUAA